CGUCCUCAGCACCUGCACGCGAGCACCUGCUUCUGGGCACCCGCACCUCUCCACCUGCACCUGGACCUCGGCGGGAACCCGUACACACCAUGGCGCACGGCAUCUUGGCCGCAUCCGUUAUCGCAGUUCUGAUCAUCUCCGUGGGAGUCAGCGCCAAGCGCGGCUGCUCCGCGUUCGGCCACUCGUGCUACGGCGGCCACGGCAAGAGAAGCGACUCCUCGAUCGAUUCUUCGAGCCCAGAACUGCUGGGUCGUCGGCAGAUGGGCCAGGCCGAAACUCCCCCCCAUCCCAUCUACCCGCACCCGUACGGGAUUUUGUCUUCGGGGGAUGACAUCAUUCCGGUUAGAGAUGGAGGAGUGUACGACAGCGAGGGCUCUGCGCGGGAUGCUGUGAAGAUGAAGCUGCGGAACAUGCUGAGAUACUGGAUGGAUUAUUACAGACGAUCACGGCAAAGCAACGAUGACGGAUACCUAUUUGAAUCUAUCUAAAUAUACUAUAUUGACACGCGAUUCAGAAAAAAUGUAAAUUUUAAAUAUAGUUCAACGAAAUAUGCUCGAUUUUUUAAGUCUACAAUUUGAAAAGU